CUUAAUGAGUCAAUCCGGAAGUGGAGUGUGUGUGUGUGUAACGCUGCACUGGGUGUCAGAUAAAUAAUAUUGUGGCUGCCAUCCGAAGAGCCGAAGCGGGCGUUGAGUGAACCUGGGGGAAUUUCACCCAAGAUAGCUACCGGCUAGUCGUCAUUUUGCGGCGGAACUGCACGUGUAUAUUUUAAAUAACAUGUCAAUGGCGGAUCUGAGAUAGACAGGGGUGAAAGAGGGGGGAAAUGGGAAAUCUGUGGAUAAGAGGCGACGGCGUAUUGGCGUUGGUGAAAUAAGGGCACGAGAAGGGAGGGAAGAGUGAAGCGUGAAGCCGGUUUAAGCGUAUUAAUUGUGGAUCGCCCCAGCGAAAAGCCCGGAGGCUUGUGGCAGCGGAGGAAGAGUGAUGGCAGAAGGGUAACACUGCAGCAUCUCACCCCCACCCCAAUAUUACCCCUUCCUUUUCCCAGCCCCCCUGUACUGGUGCACUUUCCCAGUAUUCUGUCUCCCCUGUCCCCUGCUUUCCGUUGUCUUUUGUUUGGUGAAGAGAUCUUCCAGAAAUUCGUUUACACCCAUGUGCCCACCAUUGGUGAUUGCUGUAUGCUUUUCAGCAAUCUAUGCGUGUAUAUGAAUGAACACAAAAAAGAAAAGCAAGACACUCAAAUUCCCUGAUAAUAGAGUGCAAUUUUCUGCCAUCAACCAUCCUGCUAUGUGAUUGGAUCUUUCCAUUUGAAUUAUGUACCUGGAUUUCCGUGAUUGUUCUCAAUUUUUGUCUGUGAUUGAAACACCUAGUCUUUCUCUAAAUAUUGAUUAGACCCCUUGUUUUUCUUCUGUUGUAGUCUUACCUGCCCUAGUUUUUAUUUUUCUGGUAUUUUAAUUCUUCUUGUGGUGUCAUUGGGCCAUGGUUCGCAAGAAAAGUUCCCUUAUUUUGUGUGGUGCUUUCUUAUUUGUUGCCUGGAAUGCCUUGCUGCUCCUUUUUCUUUGGGGGCGGCCUCCUAUUGGUCGUUUGGGGGAAGGAGGUGGAGCUGAGCCAGGUGGAAGAGAGGAAUGGGGAGUCAGAGGAGCUGAUCUGGCGGGGGAAGUAAUUCGACUGGCAGAAGAAGUAGAGUCAGAGCUCGAGAUCCAAAAACAACUGCUAAAAGAGAUACAAAGUCAUAGGUCACUAUGGGAACGACAGAGAGAAGCUGGAAAGAGAGGGAUGGAUGGUCAGAAAGAGAAAAACAGCAUGCCAAAGGAGACGACACGAUUGCUGCAACCACAACUUAAAAACGAUGGUUUGGACACAGACCAUAAUAGGGAGAAACAUUCAGAGGGCGUUUCAGCCCUCCCCAACGCUGAACUAAACAAAGAGCCAACAAACUCCAUUAAAUUGGCUACCACUGUAGUACCAUCUCCAGUUAUCAUUCCCAUUUUAGUUAUUGCUUGCAACCGAGUGACUGUAAAAAGGAGCCUCGAUAAAUUGAUAGAAUAUCGACCAUCUCCAGAACUUUACCCAAUCAUUGUCAGCCAGGACUGCGGACAUGCCGAAACGGCCGCUGUGAUAAGCUCUUACGGCAGUCAGGUGACCCACCUCAGCCAACCGGACCUCUCGGACAUCGCUGUGCGCCCAGAACACAGGAAGUUCCAGGGCUACUACAAGAUCUCCAGACAUUAUCGCUGGGCACUGAACCAGGUUUUCCGAACGCUGGGAUAUUCCACCGUUGUCAUUGUCGAGGACGACCUGGAGGUGGCUUCGGAUUUCUAUGAAUACUUCCGGGCUCUUUAUCCCAUCCUUCACUCGGACCCAACUUUGUGGUGCGUUUCUGCCUGGAAUGACAACGGCAGAGAUGGACUUGUGGACUUGGGGAAACCGAAACUCCUGUACAGGACAGACUUCUUUCCGGGUCUGGGCUGGAUGCUUCUUAAGGAAUUGUGGGAAGAACUGGAGCCCAAAUGGCCAGCCUCAUUCUGGGACGACUGGAUGCGUCAGCCGGACCAGCGCAAAGACCGAUCUUGUAUCCGACCAGAAAUAUCCAGAACCAUAACUUUUGGACGCAAGGGAGUUAGUCAGGGUCAGUUUUUUGACCAGUAUCUGCGUUACAUUAAACUGAACACUGAUCCUGUGCGCUUCACCGAACUGGAUCUGACUUACUUGAUUCGUGAGAAGUACGAUGAAAAUUUUGAGAAGGAAGUGUACAGUGCCCCCCUAGUGAAGAUUGAGGAUCUCCAACAAGGGGGGAGCUUGAAAGGACUGGGCCCCUUUCGGGUGCAGUACUCCAGCCGAGACAGCUUCAAGGUCUUUGCACGUAAUCUUCUGGUGAUGGAGGACCUGAAGUCUGGGGUCCCGAGGGCAGGGUAUAGGGGUGUGGUUAGCUUUUUGUCAAAAGGCCGACGAGUCUAUUUGGCGCCCCCUCCUGGGUGGAUCCGCUAUGACACCAGCUGGAGUUGAGGUUUGUAAUUGGGGCUGGGUGGGCAAAGAGAGGGUAAGCGAGAUACAGCGAGAAUGGCUGCGGAACAAGAGGCGCACCCUCUCAAACCAAAGAAAAUGUCAAACGAAAGGAUUGCUGAAGAAAUAGGGGUUGGUUGUUUUGGAAUUUAGGGUGUUAAUUGGAAAAGGAAAAUGAAUUGGAAUAGAUUAGAGAGAAGUGGUGAAGGGAUUGGGGUGUCACUAAGCCAAGAGUACGGUGUGGGCACAACGAAAGAGUAAAACGGUUGUGAUUUACACUGCAAGUAGUCAACAGCGUGUCAGCUUUUACAGUUAAACUCAGCUUCCCCGUUUUCUACAUGCCUCAAAGGCUAAUCUGCUGAAACACUUUUCACCUUCUUGCAGAACUAGCCUAGAGUAGCAGAUGUGAUUUCUUUGAGCGCGAGGAUAGUGGGCAGCCUUUGAGUGCUCUGAUGGAGUCCAGUCAGGAGACCAUGGCAGGGAUAUCCAAGGAGAAUUGUUUGGGAAAAGUAAUGCAAAUGGAGUGUUGAUCUCAUGUUACAUUUUUUUUUCCCUGCUUGAAACUUUAAUCUGAUAAGCUGUGCUACUUAAAUAUGUAUUUUUGAUUAUGCAUAUUAGUCGUGAUCAUUCUUCCAGUAUCAGUUCCCAGCAGAUGAAUAAAUUUUAUGUAGUAAAACGGAUAAAGAUGCAUUAAGAUUCACAGUUUAAAAUAAUUUUGGUAGCUUCUGUGGUGUGUAAAAUUCGGCGUGAAAAGCAGCUGUACAUAGCACUGUACUCCUCAAUGCAUCUGACAGAUAUGCACCAAGUUGUGGCGUCUUUAAAAGUCGCCCGAGUCUCGACAGUUGAGGCUGUUAUACAUGUACAAAUUCGUGUAGUUCUCUGUGAAGCGCAGUUUUCCCAUAGUUUUUGAGGUUUCGGGCCGUAAUACUUAUGUGCCAAAUUUGCUACAUGGACGAGGGGGAAUUUGUGAUGAUUCAGUUGCUUUUCUUGUGAACCUUAAGCUUAAUAUAUACGUUUUCGGCCAUCUAUGCAAAAUUUAACGACCAAACUGCUUUAGUUUGAAAGUUAUUUAAGCUCACAGCUACUUAUUAGUUCAUUCUUAGUAACUGGGUCUAUGGCUGAAGAGCGCAGCGGUGCCAUUACACCUAAAACAAACAAAAAAAUAAAAAAUAAAUCAACUUUCGUUAAUUUUACUAUACAGAGUAUUCAGACAAAGUCUGUGGAGGCUCUUGGAGUCAUUACUGUUGUUGACUUUCUUUGAGUGUAAAAUAAAUGUCCUGUUUGUAGUUGCACCCUGUUUAUUAAAUUGAAAAAUGCUGAAUGUUUUAUGUAGAAAGGGGACCGAUUCAUCCAUCGACUGUAUCGCUUUACUCUUUGCGUUGUGCCCAGUCAAAUUAAGAGGAAAGUGGGGUCUCUCCUCGCAAGGUUUAAUUGCGUUUUUUUUUCUUUUUUUCUCCAUUUGAACAACUUUCCUCCCCAUACUUCAGUUUUCCUGCAAUUUUCCAAAGUAAUGGACAAGUGUGUACGACAAAGUACAGAUACGUAAUGCUAGUUUUGCUAGUAUAAUUCUAGAAUUAAAUUGGCAUUGAGUGCUUAUUGCUCCUCAAUUUGAUUAUUCAUGAAAUUGUCAAUUUUUGAUUAAUUUUUUAAUUAGUCUUUUUACAGUUUGUACAGUUCAUGCUGAAGUAUAAUCUAUUCACAUAUGCAGAACAGUAUGGUUUUUCUUCGUUGACAGCGUACUAUACUGUACACUACUUGAAACGGGUAGUAGUAUAGUCCCAUGACAUUCAAAAAUGUUUCAAGGUUAGGUUUGUUCAAAAACCAAUGAUUAUUUUACAAGUCUGUUGCAAUUUAAGGUGUUGAUAAAUGGGAUGAAGCCUAGGGAGAUUAUAUAUAUAUAUAUAUAAAAAUAUACAUUAUUUCUAUUCUUUUGGAGAAAUUAUUUUUCUUUUUGAUUUUGGUUAUCUUCUAAUAGUGAUGUGAUAAACCACUGCCUGACAUGUUUAUAACUUUAAUACAUGGAGAAUAAAAUUGAGUAUUUUAAUAUUU